AUGGCACCGGAUGGCGAUCUGGCAGAUCUCUUGGCCAAGGUGCUCCCCACCGGCGCCGAACUAACUGUUCGCCAUGUUUCCUCAACUCCAGCCCCUUCGGCCGCUCUCUUUGCGGCUGCGCCCGGCCAGGAUCCGGAGUCAACGUUCUGCGAAAAUCAUUUCCUUUCAGUCUCAAUUAAUUCCUCUGAGCAUGAUGGAGCAGAGAUCAUCGUAUUCGGAAUGGAGGUGCUGGUUUACAACACGGCCCACCUAACAACCGUCUUUGUUUCAAAGGCCGACUCCACCGGGUUUCUACACCUCUUGAAACUACCACAGAAAGUUUCUGUUCUGAGACUCGUCUCAAAUACCUUUCUAUCCUAUCUAGCACGAUCUCAUCAGCGUCCAGGAGUUCGCCUGGUAGUGUCCUUGUUUGCUCGUGCCCAGGACCAGUACCUUUUCCCUGGCAGCAUCGAAAAUGCUGAGAAGCAUGUCCUGGAUGAUCGAGGCCUGAUCAAGUGGUGGUGUCGCGCAGUUGACCCUAUUCUCCGCGACAACGAGUCUGAAUCGGUUUCGAAAGACUUGACAACGCGCCCAAUGGUCGAAGCAGCUAAGGCAUCCGCCACCGCGUACCUAAUCGUACCCGGAUGCGACCGCUUCGAGACACGUAACUUUUUCCCUCCAUCUGCCAAAUCCGAUCCUCACGAUCGGCCACGAUGGCUUGCCAGCUAUCCUCUUCAGCAAAUGUGUCGCGAUCCAUCAGCGUCACCGCGCUGUCUUGUACCCCGGCUCCCGGAUGAUCCUAAGACACGAUUCCUGAUAGAUCUUGACGAUGAGCUUCCCGAGCCUGUGGAGGGGAAGAAUUCCCCUAGUACUGGUCAGUGGAAGAGCGUCAAAUCCCUCGAUCAGUUUUGGGAGAUGAUGUCUUUCCGUCAGGAGUGCUCUGCUGGUCGGCUUGUCGGGUUCUUAUGGCUUAUUAUCAAUCCGCCAGGCCUGAUGAACUCUACGACUAUGGCUAGCCAAACUGGUAGCAUAUCCAGUGCGAUCCCGGCUCCUUCUGGAGAGAAAGGCUUCGAAACGUCGUGUUCGGAGGACCAGUCACAGCAGAAUGCUAGCAAGUCGAAAACGGAAGAGUCUGCAGCUGAAGCAAGGGCGGACGUUCAACCCGGCGAGACCACUGAGCCCCAAUCUAAGCCAGCGAGCUCUUUGGAACACCCACUAGUCGUAUCGUCGGCAGAGCUUCAAUCAGCGAACACGGUUCCAUUUUCCUGGCCAGAAGCCGGGCGCGGAGAUGUGGUGCUUAGUGAAGCAGACUACAAGAAGAUGAUGGACGGAGUACUAGACCAUUUCUACGAUGCAGAUGAGAUAGUGGCCAGCACCAAGUCUUACAUCGAUCAAGUCGCCACCCUAGCGGAUCAAUUGACCUGGGGUAAACGAGUGACGGGUAUCCGCAACCCACAGGACACAAUCAACCAAGACGUCGCAACAAACAAUCUUCUUGGUAGCGGACUGAUUCGCAAACGAAAGAAACCUGCGAUCGAGGAAGGAAAGAAGGAUUCCAAUGAGGCUAUUAUAGCACAACCAAGCGGGUCAGGGGAUUCCGAGUCAACCACGUCGCAGCCAACUGCUGUUAAUGUGCUGAGUGCAGGCUUAGUUCGGAAAAAGAAGAAGACAUGA